AUUGUGCAUUGCGAAUGAUACGUACGCAGUACAGAAGAGAAAUUUGUAGAUGGUGGGGUUACGAACGUUUAUCGUUCAUGAAGAAACGAAACUGACGUCUCCUGGGCAUUGAUGAGUUUAAUUCGAGUUGUUGUUUCUGUGAAAACAAGGAAAAUCUCAGCGAGAAUAACAGUUAUCAAUACUGCGCAUAUAUUGACCACAUUGGAUUACGAGUCGCUUCACACGAGCUGCUUUCGUUGAAAAACGACAUCGAAGGAAAAUGAAGAACUGUGCGUUUUACAAUACCAAUUCCAGCAUCAUCUUCACGCUUUCAUUGGUGAUUUCAGCAUUAGCUGGUUUUUUCUUUAACAAAGGGUUGGCGUUCAGCGUUGUUCGCUCUAUUAAGCGAAACGGAAUGGGUGACGUUGAUUCAUUUUCCAAUCCCAUCUCAACGUGCAGUCCUCUGGGAUGUUUACAAGUUUUGGGAAAUGCAGGCUGUAAACCUGGAGAUUGCUGUAUUUGUAAAUGUAGCCUCAGAUUUCCGAAUUACAUCGUCCAUAGUGGAACUUGUGUAGAGAAUGAACGAGUGGACCCUGGUAAGCCUCUAUUUCCUAUGAUUUUAAAGCGGUCAUGAGCCUAACGGGAGCAGAGAUAUUGAGGUGUCUAGCACUCGCCUUCCCCUCUGUUGUAUGGUUUAACUCAUGGCCCCUGCCAAAUUUGCUAUUAGUUCAGUCCUUAAUUCGAGGGUUUCUUUAGGGAAGUUGUGGUUUUCCGCCUGCCACAAAUACUGACGGGCCAAAUUCCGAUUCAACCUGAAAAGAGUGACCACACCACGUCGUAAAUCUACUACUUCUAAAAUUCAAUUUGUUAAUUUCUUUACAAUUCAUUACGUUUCAAACCGUCGGUGUAUUCGCCUUCACUCGCCUUCACUAGAAGUCUUGAUAGGUUUUUCCUUGAUAUCUAUUCCCUUUUUGGGUGUUUGGAACACACCUUUCUAAAGAAUUGCAUACACAGAUAUGACACAAUAUCUGUAAGUUCCACUGAUACAGUAACAUCUAAUUAUGACAGUGAAGUGAUGUUAUAAAGCUUAAAUCUGUUUACUCCUCUCAAAUUUACUGGAAAACAUACUUUUCCAGAGGAUAUAUAACUUCUUACUUCCAUGUCUGGGUAUUAUCGUUCCCACAACAAAUCGUGUUGCAAAAAGAGAAAAAUAGGAAAGUUGCUCUCAGAAGCUAACGCCAUACCGAAUAUUACGAUUAGCGGGGUAUGCAAUUUUGAGCGCGCGUUCUUAGUGAAAAUCAGCGAUUUGUUUGACGGGUAUAAACGCAGAAAACAUUCACCGCUUUUUUGCGGUUUCGAUUUACUUUCCGACGUUCAACUGUUCAAGUUUAGAAUAUAACGUGUUUUCUGGAGUACUCCAAGUUAGUACACGUGAAGGUUUGAUAAUUUUUUUUUUUUCAUUGUUUUUUUUUUUUCAUUUUCUUUUCAACCAAACUUUUUUUCUGACACUGACUUGUUUUAUACGUGACGUUGUCAGUGCGUCGCCCACUAUCAAUCACAAGACAAACAAAAUCAUCGAAAAACACGUCGUUAUCAUAUAGCUGGAUUAAAGUAAGAGACGAACCUCGUAUAAAAGCAACAUAAAAGAGUUUAAGAAGUCACUAAAGUGUAGCAAGGUGUUGCCAUAAAAAACAACUUUCUUUUCCCCUAUGGAUUUCACUAGUAGCUCGAUGCGCUAACAGUUUCUGACGGUGCAACAUUUUCCCUUCGUCUUCAUAUGUGAAUGUAGUGUUGGGUUCAAAGUCAAACGUGACUAAUUGAGGUUCCCUUGUUAAGACGAACGUAGACGUUGCUGAUUUCCUUUUUUUCGCUCUCUUGGAACUGCAAAGAAAUUUACAAAGUUUUAAAACCCACAUAUUGCGCUAUUGUUUGGCUCAUUAGGUCUUUUGCUCCGCUCAUUUCUCGUUGUUGUCACCGUCGUGGUUUUCUUAGAGUCCUUAACGUAUGUUCAGCUGCCAAUCUAAAAACCGAAGACAUCGUUAAUGAGCGGAAGGAUAACAUCGUUUUACUGUGUUUUGCAAAAAUUUGCUGCACUUUUGUUGCAAAUCCUCUGUAAUUGUCGUGUUUUUUAAAAUCAAAAAUGAAAUUAAAUUGGAUGAUGUUAGACAUUUAGAGCAGAAAGUAGGAAAAGUAGGGAAUGAAACUCGAGACAACAACAACUCAACAAAAAGAGAAAGAUGUUUUUUCGUCUUGUCACGAGCGUGGGACAAAGAAAACAUUUCCCAGUCCCCACGAGGAAUCGAACCUCAGACCUUCGGAUUCCGUGCUCCGAUGCUCUAACCACUGAGCCACAGACUCCACGGUGAGCGAAAGUCCUCUCAUGGGGACUCAAAAUUUUUUCUUGUCCCACGCUCGUGACAAGACGAAAACACAUCUUUCUAUAUUUCUUUACCGAGCUCAAAACUUACCAUCUCUCUUAUUUCUAUCGACUUAACAAAUGUGAACAGUUUCAGUUUUUGCCUGGUUGAAAAAAAACUAGAUAAUUCUUAGGUUGUUCCAGAAGGAAUUCCAUCGCGUGGCUGUGAUCCAGCGUCUAACAUUGAUGUAACGCUCUGUUAGCCACAAAUCUUGGCAAACAGUUGUUUUGGACUGUCUUUAUCUUUGUUAUGACUAUGACUUCACGCCGUUUAGAUUCGGAGUGGUUAAGGGUAAAAUCCGAGACUUUCCAGACACGAGACAACUAUUUAACUUUUGCAUCGUUACUUUAAUCAUUUAAGCGAGACCCUUGCCUGAAAGCAAAAAUCCCAGACUGUGAAAAAUCCCAUUACUCUCCCUUCAAGGUACCGUUAACCUUUAAAAAUAGUCAAGGCAUUUUAACUUGAAAUUUCAGGAGCUUUAAAAAAAUAAAAAACUCUGGAGGAAGCCAAAAACGAAAAUAUGAACUAAGGACUUGUUUUGUCACUCUCUUUUCUAAAUCAAGUGUGCGAGCUGACCACUAUACCAACAGAAAGACUGAUGCCUGUGAAGGACUUUAGUAGGGUAGGAAUAAUUACCUUUGAAGUUGAGAUUGAUCGGCCACUCCAGUGUCCUGGUAUUGAACUCAGACAUUUGUAUUAUCAACUGGAUACGGCAGCAUGGAAUGAAGAACCGAACUCAGUCUUUCGACUAACGCGUGGCAGGAAUGGUAACAGGUGGAACUUACUGGUAAAUUGAGAAAUUUUACUCCCUUAUUCGUCUUAUAUUGUAAUUAGAAUUCCCCUGCUUCUUACAGGAUGCAAACAAAUGUUCUACUUGUUUCACUGAAUGGUAACACGCAUACCAGCACACUAUUAUGACAGGCCUACAUAAAAUACAGCAAAAACCCGUAAAAAGUAAGAACCUAAAUUUUAUGAACCUGUUAGGCUAAAUUGUCCCAGUUAGGCACCCUUCAAAAAAGAAUUAUUCUAGGAAAAAAUCUCACAACAGGUUCCUAUUCUGCACAAAACUCAGAAAAUGUAAAUUAUGAGCAUGAUGGUAGGGUUACUUUCGAUGACUGUGGCUUCUGCGUUUUAGGGCAACAUGUGUGAAUGAACCAAUAUAAAAGCCACACCCAUGAAUAUAAGUUUUUUUUAAACAAAAAAUUAAUUACUUGAUUAAGGACCUAGGUAGCCUAAUUUUCACAGUAAACAACAAUGAUAUAAGAACCUAUGGAGACUACCUUGAAAAAAAAAUGGUUCGUAUACGUGGGUUUUUACUGUAGCAUCGGGAGUCACGAACAAUGAAAAUGUUGUAUGAAAAAACUGCGUAUAGAAACUCCCAUUUGCAAGAAUUUCACGCCCCUGGUUUUAUCCACAGACUUGAGUUCAAAUCUUAAGCUAGUCUCAAACGGCUAAGAAAACGGUAUCUCAAUAAAAGAGAGAAAAAUUAAGUUAUUUAAGUAACUUUCAUUUGCAUGGUUACCACUUCUGGGUUUCUUAGACAGAAUUAAAUUCAGAACGGCCUAGUACAGCAUGACAAACAGUACUGGUUGAGAAUGAUGCUCUGGAGUCCUGAUUUGAAUGUGACCACAAAUGCACCAGGGUAUCCCCCACAAGCUGAAGUUUUUAUACGUGAUACUCGUUUCUUUUAGUCAUAAAUCACCAAGUAUGUCUCUUUUUACCUACAGUGGGAUAAAGGUCUGGAUAGAAAAUAUUAUGGACUGAUACUGAGCUUUGAUUUCUAUUGCGUUGGACAAAAUAUAACACAUGGAUGUUUGGUGGUCAAGUCCAAAGGAAACUAUAGUCUGGCAGGUAUUUACCUAAAGCUUUAUAGACUUUAGAAGAUCAAAAUAAGAGACUGUUUUCCCUUAAAAGCCUUGAAGACCAAUCCAAAUAUCAGAGACAUGAGGAGGAUCUAGAAAUAGCAACCGUGAUGAGUAAUAAUUACUAAAAACGACUCAAUACAGCUGACCAGUAAUUAUAAACAGUAGCGAGGCAGCCUAAGAGAGAAAGCUUGUAGUAUCUAUUGGGCUGCCUGUGGCUGCAUGUGGCUGCUUGUGAGUAUUACUGUAAUAUUUUGUUAGAAGGUAGACUUGUGUGAGUAAAAACGGCUGAAAGGUAUUUUUGUCUUUAACCACCAUGAUCUCAUUGUCAAUUCUCCUGUCCAGUAACUACAUAUUUCCCUGUAAAUUAUUUAAGAUAAUUUGGUGUUAGAUCAAAAAGAAAAAUUCUGCGAAAUAGGUAUGAGCAUUUUCAUUACCUGUUUACUGGACAAUGUAUGGAUAUUAUCGGGAGAAAUUACAUGUUGAUCACUUCUGGGAGUUAAAGGGUUAACGAGGCUAAAAAUGUGGAUAGAUUGGAAUUUUUAUCGAGCGAUCUGUCCAUUCGUUCAUAAAUCCGGCUCUUGACGACGAGAAAAAUCUGACUAUGGAAAAAAAUUAGCAACUGCUUUUAUGUAAAUAAUAUAUUAUUUUAUAAUCUGGUUCGUACAAUGGCUGAGUGAAAUGGGUACGGAGAAUGUUAGGGAAACCUGACGAAAUUCGGGGAAAGGGGGGGGGGGUGGUAUAACCUGUGAUGAACUGGCAACUGGUCCAGGAGGGAGUAACAAUACUACUUGUCACCUCAUACAUCCGGGAUAAGCUAAGGGCGAUAUGCCUUCUGGUUCCAAGGCUGACAAAGCUUUUUUUUUUCAAAUCCGCAUAAUCAUCGCAACACACUAUAUUUUUCAUAAAAGCAUUAUCCUCGAGUCAACCUACCACAGAUGGACCAAGUCAAGUGGCGGUAACAGAGGGGAAAGUUGAACCAGCAGACGACUCACAUGAAGCAAAGGUAAAUAGUACUUAAUUCAUGCAACCUCGUUCCCAGGGCCUUUUCCCUUACUUGGGGGUGGAGUUGGGGGUGAGGCGGGAAAAGGAUUACGCCCCACCCCCAGCUAAGGGAAAAGGCCCUGGAAACGAGGUUGUUAAUUCAUGGUGUCAGUUUGGCGAAAUAGGCCGCGCUGGGAGUAGUAUGUGUUGCAACCUUUUUCUGUAUUUAUUUUGAAAUUGAUAAGAAAAAAAACUUUGAAAGAACUCACUUGGCGCGUGCAAUUACGGACUUUGUUUCAUUUUUAGUGUUCAAUUUCAGGCGCGCGCUCAAUCGUUAAUCCAAAUGAUUUAAAUUUUAAUGACGUAAUAUGUUUUGUCGCCUGUACAAAAAAUAAAUUGAACCUAAAUUGUGCCUUCGCCAUUUAUAGGUGUUUACUAAUCGAUUUUACGGAUUAUGAGGGCUGUCGGGAAAACCGUCGAAACAGUAUGAGUUCCUUUUCCUUUAGUGAUAACUACAAGGUUUCCACUCGUAGGACCGAAUGGGAAAACAACAAACUGUAGUCUUGUUUGGUAAAUGUUUGGCUGGGUUUGACUCUGUACCGAGCUUGGUCGAUCUUUGGCAGAAUGAGCAAAACGACUAAAUGCACGUCGUAUGACAAAUCAAAGUAAAAACUUGCAAGCUACAAGAAAUGCGGAAAAACGCGAUUAACAAAUCACGACCAGCUAAGUUUUGCAUCUGAUUGGUCGACAUAGGGAGGUGUGGCUUUCUUGACCAGUCACAAGGCGAUAUUAUGGACUGAAACUUACGGCAAUCGUCGAGCAUUUAAUCUAAAUAGACAACAUUGCUUUUUGACUGAAAUUUAAUUCCAAAAGUGUAUUUUCAUUUUUUUCAAGGGAGGUGUUAGUAACGGAGGUCGUGGAGAAAAUUUUGCUGGACAAAACAGAGGAGUAGCAAUAAAGAAUUACAGUGUAAUCGUAGUCGGUGUGAGCCUGUCAGUAGUGAUGGGAAUUGGACUCAUUUGUUUUGUAAUGCUGAGAAAAGGAGGGCCUUUGUGGUGAGUUCAAAUCAACCCUUUCAUUUUCUAAUAUCAAAAUAUGUCAGUAAUCCUCACAUUCUUCCAUAUAUUUUUAAAAUAAUUUCAGUUUUGAAUCUGUCCUAUAACUUGCGAACUCGUAUCACUCAGAUGUAAUACAGAGGCUUUUUGCUGCUUCAAUAAUUUUUUUCUCAAUAGUUUGCUUUUUAUUCUCAGGUUGAAACUUCAAAGGCGUCCGAAAGGUAAGAAAUGUAUGAUAAUUUAUGUUAAAAAAAUGGUCAAAUAUAUUAAAUAAUCUUUAAGGAGCUAAAUCAAGAUGUGUGCAUUUUGAAUAAUCGUUGCUUUUUAUUUCAUCCUUCAAUUUUGCCAUUACACCGAAUAAAUGUAUUGUGUUUCAACUCACGUGAAAGGUAAUUUGCCGCUCGCACAAAACAUAGCUACGCCGAAAUUCAGCUUUUACAACAGGGUGUAUGAAAUGAGGUACUAUACACAGAAAUUAUGGAAUACCUUGUUAUUCAUCGCCUGUGGACAGGGAAGCAGAGGAUUUUGGUUGCGUCACUAACAUUUAACUGACCCCUCCCUAAGGAUCUGUGGUAUUCAAUUGAUCUCCCCUUAUGAGCAGUUAAUUUUCUAUUGACUCUCCAUCAUUUCUGUUAAAGACGACUGCCCCCACCCCCCUCCGUUCCCCCUGUCAUACCCCUCCUCCACCCCUCCCUCACCCCUCUCCUCAGACGAUAAAUAAAGACCGGUCCAUGAUUCAAACCGAGUACUGGCGAAGGAAGAAAGACAGAAUAUGGUCAAUGUGCUGUAUUCAGGGGAUCCCCCUUAGUUGACAUUGACUUGUUGAUUAUUAAUCACGUGAUCACAUGAUGUCAUUUCACUCAGUUGGAGUUGUUUUGGUGUGUAUGUUUUCGUUGCGUUCACAGAUCAAACUCUGAAAUUCUAGUUUAAACUCGGUCAGAUUCAUUUUAGCCAGUUGUUGUAAGUCGGAAACGGAAUCAUUCAUUACAGUUAAUAUUCAAAAUCGAACCGUUUUGCUUGAAAAGUUUGAUUAACUUUACUGCAACAGUUUGGGUUGCAUUUUAGUUCAAUGUAUUGUUUGUAGAAGAGUCCAUUUUAUUUUGACAUUAUGAUGAUAUUUUCUUGGUUCAUUUUCAGCACCACCUUAUGAGGUAAGCGAAUUUGGAUUUCCAUCAUUGUAAGUUAGUUUAGUAAGUCAUACGCAGAAAAACAAAUAACCCGGUCACUCUCCUGGUACGAGUUUUAACAAGGCCUGCUCGCUCCUUACAGAGAAAGUACCACUACCUUUAUGCUCGUUAGCCUCGGACACACCCUUUUCACAUUAGUCAAUUUCUCUUCUCCUAACCUAUGAAAUACUGGUUACCUUGUUUCCAGGGUCUCUCUUUAAGGCGGUCCAAGAGAGCGUGGAGAAGAGAGACCCUGGAAACGAAGAUAGAAGAGCCAGCUAGGUCCUUAGCUUUUCAUUUUCACUUCCCUCGAGUAGAAUCGUGUAUUUUGGAGCAAACCACGUUUCUAUUCAAAUUCCAGAAGGAUUCCGUCGUAAGGGCUUUUCUGGUUGCCUUGUUAUCCAUUUUGUGUCCAAUUCACGCCCAUUUGCCCCUUCUCUUGCAACAAUAAGGCUAACAGUGAUUUCUUCCCUUCCUAACAGGAGCCAAGAAGACCAGUAGGCAUAAGACCGAGUCGCACUUCUGUUCGUAAGUCUUCGUUUCUUUGCAUUGUGCAAGUGAAAUCCUCUUAACUUAGUGAAGACUUCUAAAUACCAGUUCCAUAAAAGAGAAAACUUUGAGAGGCCAUAAUAAAACAGUAAGAAACAGUAGGAAAAAGGAUGGUUGAUUCCUCAAGAUGCACAAAUCGUGAAAGAGCUCAUUUACCUUUGUAGAGUUCACUCAUUUAAAAUGGAGGAAUGAUAUGUUCUUCUCUACAACAGAUAACGAGUUUUACGAUGCUGGGUUGGUCCUUUCCAUCGGUGGACAAACCGCUGAAGCACCAAAAAGAUUAUCCAGACUUGGACCUUUGCCCCCCUUGCCUACAAAGGUGUGACGAUAAGGAGAAAAUCUUAGAAACUUACAAUAAUUCGCUAUUAUCAAAGCCUGAACACAUUGAAGUGGAUUAAAGAAUUUGUUCAGAAAUUUUUUGGACAACUUGAAUGGAUAUGUCUUCGCAAGAUUGUAGACGAAUCGCCAAGAUCCUUUCAUUCAGAUGUUUCUCAGGAUCCUCGAAUCUUUUCAAAAAGGUCAACAAAGAUCCUUGUACAGAUCUUCGAAUAUCCUUCAAGACUCUGGAGUCUUUUUCGCCUAGGCAGCGCUAUUUCAAUAAAAAAAAAAAAGACAAAAAUGUGGUGUUAACAGUGUCAUAAAGACAGAAUUCAAUUAAUUACGAACGGGGAAUAAAAACAUGUAUAUAGUGUUAAAACAAACGGGAAUGGCGAAGACCAGUUUUCAGUUCAGUUUAAAAAUUUCUCCAUUAGAAAAUAUCAAACGUAAUUCUUAUUAUUUGCUCGUUAGGGGGAAUCCAUUUAUGAAGAGCCAGUGGUGAUAAGAAAUGUUGGUUAUCACGGAUUAGCGAGGCAAAACAGACCAUCUACCGGUGAGUCCUCAAAAGUCUUAAUUGCCACCGUACCAAAGUGAUUCCUUGCCAUAGAGUCGUUCUAAAGAGCUUGCACUUUAUCAUGUGAUCGUUCUGGACAAUACGGUGACCUGUCAGUUAGCAGUUGGCUUAAAAAGAAGCUACAAGAUAUUUUAAGUCAUUUAAUGAACACUUAACAACCUCAUUUUGAAGGAAACUUUGUAGUAUAAGUUCGUUACGAUAAAACAACGCAAAAUAGGCACUAGUGGACGAACAAGGUGUAUGCUUAUUUGACCCCUUAACUCCCAAGAUCUAAUUGUGAAUUCCUCCCUUAAGGUAUAACACUUUUCCCUAUGAACUACUUACGAGAACUUGGUAUUAGAUCAGCAUAACAUCUUCUACCUGAUAAGUUUAAGUCUUCUCAUUACCUGUUUGCUGGAUUUUGUAUGGAUAUAUCACAUUUAAUCACCUCUGGGAGUUAUAGGGUUAAGGAAAAAGGGAUUGUGAAUUUUGAUCUAAAAAUUAACGAAGCCUAACUUUUAAUUUACACAAACCACGUGGCAGAUCCUUCAAUUUUUAACCAUUCAUAUUACUUUUUUUUUCGGUUUAGCGCCAAUCAAACGCGCACCAGUCCACACCGUGCCAAUUCGAUGCAAGCCAAUCCAUAGCGAGCCAAUCCAAACCGAGGCUAUAAGUGAUCAGAACCCAGACCCUUUCUAUAACAUUCUCGAGGAACUCCCGGAAACCGACGAUUAUGACGACACGACCGAAUGCCGUUGCAAGGAGGUGUGAAGAAUAUACAACAAUACUACCUAUCUCUAUACUAUUAUAACGGUAGACUGUAAACAUGAUCAGACCCCCUCAGUUCAGUGUCUACAUAUUAUUUCUAAAAAUGCCGUUUAGUUUAUCGUCAUUCGAAUAUAUUAUCCCAAGGUAAGGCACUUUUCAAUCAACAUGUCUGUCGUAAUUUUUUUUUUGGUGAUUUUUGCAGGUGGACUUUGAAAGCCUCAGAGGUCAACUAAGGACAUACUAGAUGUAUCCUCCAAUAUGUUUAAAAGCCUAAUUUACUAGAAGUAGUUUGGAACCCUCUUUGCCAUCUAAGGCAAGGUUCUCUAGGCGUCGUCGUUGAAAGAACAGGCAUUUAUUUCCUUGUUUUACAUGCCCACUUGGCUAAAGACUAAUAUUUUAAUGUUUGGAAACGGGAAACUGGUUAAGAAAACUUUGCAAUGAUGCAAUUGAAUUCCUCCAACCGUAAAUGACUUUAUCAGGACUCUUGCUCAGAAAACUGAUUAAAGAACAAUUUACUCAAGUUCUGCUUGAAAAAUGAAACAAAUUGUGUGUAAGUAGAGAUAUAUUUCUUUUUAUGAGCGUGCAGUUGUAAUGUAGUGAGUUGCAUUGCCUAGAAACUUGACGUACUCCUGAAAAAACGUGUACUGAUUAAUGCGAACACCGAUCAAGUGUUUAGUAUAAGACUAUUAAGGGCAUGAACAUUUUGUGGCAUUUUUUUUUUUCAUUGCGUAUUGGCGAUUUUUCUUUUUUUAACAAGCAGAGCAAAAUUAACGAGGAAAGGAAUUUUCAAACUUCUUGAGUUUAUACAGAAGAAUCUUGUACUGGACAUAAUUAAUAAAUAUAUAUUUCGAGUGCGUUCAAAGAUAACAAAUACGAAUGGUGGCUUUAAUUCCCAAGUGGAAUUUUUAACUUGACUGAGGAUGAUAAAUUUGUCCAGCAUUAACUUUUAAAGGAGUAAUUUUCCUAAGGGAACCAUAUUUUUUCGGAUUGAGGGCAACAUGAAAAAUAACUGCAAAAAGAUUAAGCUUCAAAAGUUUUCAGGCUAUCAUAGGUGCCUGAAUCCAUCAAUACAGAAAAUCUUUUGACUAAAAUCAAAUUUAAGUUUAUCAAUUUAAAUUUUUAUUCAUUUCAAUAUCUUCAACAUCCUGAAGUUGGUUACAGUUGAAUUAUAGCUUACCUCUUUCUCUCCUAAGAGUGUUCAUUACGUAAAAUCUCCCAACAGUUCUGAUACACAUUCCAACAGAGAAGUUAUGAGAAUUGUCACAAUAAUCAACGGGGAUUUCGAUACCUUUCAGGAUAAAAUUCCAAUUUUCAUGGAUGAAUGGAUACCGUAGCUUGAAAAGAAAUGUGGAGUCAUCAGUCGGGAGAAUUGACUCACGGGGAGUGAAAGACUCAUAUCCCAUCAAGCGAAUAAACCAGUUUAAACAGGUUUAAGAAGAUGAAAAUCAAAAAUAGAACACUGAAAGACUAACUUUUCUAUAUAAUGUUCAAGAAAUCACUGCGCUAAAAUUGAAGGCGACAAAGAUCAGUCUGAGUAGCUUCUGUCAAGAACACAUUUGAAAUUGUGUUGGACAAAACAGGUUCAGAAGUCGUUUUAGUUUUGGUGUAGAUAGAGUAUUAGAUUGAAAGUAGAAAAACACGUUUUUAUUGAAUAAUUAAACCCUAUCAAAAAUUUAGCUCUUUCUAAUACGUGAAAUGAUUAGGUAUAACAAGAGAAUAACAAGUUACUCUCGCUUGAAUUGUAUAUAAUGAUUUUAAUAAAUAUAUAUUUACUUUGU